AUGGCUUUUUCCAGCUCUCUCUGCUUCCGUUGUAGAGCAGUCAUCCACCGGCCCGCGUCGCAGCUCUUAUCCCAACAUCGCAAAGCCGCAUUAUCAACAAAAGCUUCAACUGCGCAUAAGAUUCUUGCUCGGCCAACGUGGUCUGUUCGCUCACUUCUGGCCGAGAACGAUGCGUCGCCGGCCGAGACCAUCUCAUCCGCACAAUUACACCAUCUUCUCAAGCUAUGCGCGCUUCCGCUCCCCAAGUCUGAGGAGGAAGAGGCCUCGAUGAUUACGACCCUGCAGAGUCAGCUGCAUUUCGUCAAAGCAAUCCAACGGGUCGACACUUCCGGACUGGAGCCUCUCCAAGCCAUACGAGAUGAGACUGAAGAGGGUCGGAGAGAAGCCACGAUUGGGUUGGACGAUCUUAAGCAAGUCCUCGCAAAGGAGAUCCGAGUAGGACACUACAAGCGCCCGAAGAGAAUCAAAGAGAAGGUUGAAUCAGAAGCAGAGAAUUGGGAUGCUCUAUCUACAGCAUCGAAGAAGGCUGGUAAAUAUUUCGUUGUCGAGAGCGCAAGGAAACCCUAG